UAUGUCUUAAAAACAUUUUUCAAUAAAAUUUUAUAUGAACAUAAACAAAUCUGAUUAAUAAUUAUGGAACAUAAUAAUGCAACGACUUCCACAACGAAUUUGCGCCAACAGCAGCAGCAGCAACAGUCGAGAGAACAACAAUUAACACAAAAAUUACAGGAUCAACAGCACCAGCAGCAGCAACAGCAACAACAGUCAAACAAUAACAACAAUGAAAAUCAACAACAAUUUUGCUUAAGAUGGCAUAAUCAUCAGACCAGUUUACUAAGUACACUGCCAAUUUUACUUGAUCAAAGUCAUUUAACAGAUGUAACCAUCUCAGCCGAAGGUCGCACUUUAAGGGCACAUCGUGUGGUUUUAAGUGCCUGUAGUUCAUUCUUUUUGGAAAUUUUUCGCACUCUAGAGUCAACCCAUCAUCCGGUGAUAAUAAUACCAGGGGCCUCCUUCAAUGCCAUAGUGGCUUUGCUGACAUUUAUGUAUUCGGGAGAGGUGAAUGUUUACGAGGAACAAAUACCCAUGCUUUUGAGUUUGGCCGAGACCUUGGGCAUUAAGGGUUUAGCAGAUGUGCAUAAUAAUUUACAGAAACCUACAAAACCCGGUAACGAAAAGGAACAAGUGGAUAGCCAUAAAGAGGAAUUGGAAAAAUCUCCCACACCACCUUCUCCCCCGGCUACCCAGUCAUCAUGUGGAAAUUUUUCUUUGCCCCAAAGUCCCCUUACAACCAGUUUAAAUACCAACCUAAAUACCUCUAGUACCUUUAAUCCUUUGUUGGCUACAGGUUUAAAUUCAAAAUUUCCCUCGCCUUUAGAGAAUUUCUUUUUAAAGUCUUUACAGUUUUAUCCCAACCUAAUGCAUCAGCCCUUGAAUUUUUCCCAAACUGCCUUAAAUAAGACUUCAGAGCUGUUGGCCAAGUACCAGCAGCAAUGUAAUCUCUAUCAAGCCAAUUUGGGCAUGACUUCCAAAGACUUAAUACCCUCACUAAUGCACUCAGAAGAGGAGGCCCAAUUGGCCAAACGAUUUUGUGCGGGUUUAGAGAAAAAGUCUACCAUAAGUCCACAACAGUUGCAGCAACAAAAUCAAAUGUCCCUGCAGCAGCAAAAAGACAUCAAACGUAUAGAUAAAAUUGUAGAAAAUCUAAGGGGAACUGGAGUUAAUACAGGCAGUGUUGCUAAACCAGAAAAGAGUCAUGAUAAUCUAGCAAGUUCUCCUUUGCCCUCACAUUUGCACAAUCAAUUAUCGCCUCUCAGCAUUAAAACCUCUAUGGAAAAUUAUAGCUCUAACCCUUCACCUUUAUUAGCUACAAAAUCUUCAUUAUUUUCCUCCACCUCUAAUACAGAAUCGCACAGCCCUUUGCACUCUCAAUUGCCUUACAAUAUAUCACCGGAAGAUCAGCUAAAACUACAGCAACAUUUAGAUAAAUAUGCACAAUCGUGUGCUCGCACCAUGGAAGUGGCCAAUGAAAAUUUAAAAAAUGAAGCCGCCCGAUUGAUGACCAAUGAAAAACUCUCCUCGCCCCAGUCAACACAAACUAAAGCACCCUCCAAUUCGAAAUUGUAUGCCACCUGUUUUAUAUGCCACAAACAAUUGAGCAAUCAAUACAAUUUGAGGGUGCAUCUGGAGACUCAUCAAAAUGUGAGAUACGCCUGCAAUGUUUGUUCUCAUGUCUCGCGCAGCAAGGAUGCUUUACGCAAACAUGUGUCCUACAGACACCCGGGGGCUCCAUCGCCCUGUGAAACUGAAGCUAGAAGAAAGCGAGCCAAUAAAGUUUUGGCCACUCAGUUGAAUGCCGCAAAUCUGACACACAAUUCCCCCUCGUCAGGAGAAGUCACACCCACCUCGCCCAACACUUUAACACAUUUUCAGGCAGCGGUGCCAACAUCAAACACCACCAUCACUAAUGAUUUGAAUUGUAAUGAUACAUCGCCCUUGACAGCCGCCCAAUUAAAUUCAGCUUAUCAAAUGUUUAUGCCAAAUCAAUUUCAUUUAGCAGCAGCGGCUGCAAAUGCCGCACAACAGCAUCAAAAUCAAGCUAAUGAUUUACAGCCACCAUCUAGUAACACUGCUGCAAUACCCCCUACUAAAGAUUUCAAUAAUACUUUAAGCUCAACUACGACUUCUCUUAUGAAUGCAACACAAAAUAGUCCUUCCAAUGAGACCUUAAAAUCCAAUAAUUCACCUGUACCUACCUCAACGCCUUCAAAUAAUCCUAACGAUCUAACAAAUUCUGCGAAUAACAAUAGUGUAGAAGCCCGAAUUAGUCCCAAUUUAAAUCCUUGAAAUCGAGGUAUUUUUGAAGAUACACGAACAAAUUUAUAAUGUUCUUAAAUAGAACCUAAGAAAAUAAUUUAGCGAAUUACUAUAAUAUUUUAACCAUCCCAUUGUCUAGUCCCAACUGUGAUAUAUUUGAAAAAGUCAUCCUUUGUUUAGAAAAAAAUUGUAUUUUAUCUUCCCUGGAGGACUAUUUUGUAAAAAAUUGACUUCAAAAUUCAUUUAAAAAAGAGGUUUAUCGUAAUUCGUUUCGAAAGAAAUA